GCUAGGAUCGGACUCGAAAUUUCUGGGCAUCGCCGCGUCACUGCCGAAUGGUCUCCAGAAAGUUCCGUCCUACCGCCUAUAAAUGCGGCUAUCCGUCAGACGGAGGGGAGGGAGCGUUCAAACGCUGCAGCGGGCCGAGGCUCGUAUACAGCGGCUUUAAGGCUGGUACGGCCGCCGGACCGACAGAAACCGAAAACAUCGGUCAGCGACUGGGGGAUUAAAACAUUUUAUUGUUAUAAGCCACUUUACUCGUCAGAUCUGAGCAGGAUAAGCUGUCAGGAUGGUUAAAGAAACAGGUUUCUACGACGUCUUGGGCGUCCGGCCCACAUCGUCCGCGGAGGAGAUAAAGAAGGCGUACAGAAAGCUGGCGCUGAAAUAUCACCCGGACAAGAACCCGAACGAGGGCGAGAAGUUUAAGCUCAUAUCUCAAGCCUAUGAGGUCCUGUCAGACCCAAAGAAGAGGGAACUUUAUGACCAAGGAGGAGAGCAGGCCAUUAAGGAGGGAGGUAUGAGUGGAAGUGGAUUUUCUUCACCGAUGGACAUUUUCAACAUGUUUUUUGGUGGCGGUGGCAGAAUGCAGAGAGAGAGGAAAGGCAAAAAUGUAGUUCAUCAGCUGAGUGUUACACUGGAGGAGAUGUACAAUGGUUCAACAAGAAAACUUGGCCUCCAGAAGAAUGUGAUCUGUGAGAAGUGUGAUGGUUAUGGGGGAAAGAAAGGAACUUUGGAGAAGUGUUCAAACUGCAAAGGGAGGGGAGUUCAGAUCCAGGUGCAACAGAUAGGCCCAGGCAUGAUUCAGCAAAUUCAGAGCAUGUGUCCGGAUUGCCAGGGUCAGGGGGAAAGAUUCAACUCCAAAGAUCGCUGUAAAAACUGCAAUGGGCAGAAAGUGGAGCGCAAGAAAAAGCUCCUUGAAGUCCACAUCGACAAAGGCAUGAAGGAUGGCCAGAAGAUCACAUUUUAUGGAGAAGGUGACCAGGAACCAGGUCUGGAACCUGGUGAUGUAAUUAUUGUCCUUGAUCAGAAUGAGCACCCUGUCUUCCAGAGGCAACAUGAUAACAUCAUUAUGAAGAUGGAGAUCAAGUUGGUAGAAGCACUCUGUGGGUUUAAGAGAACCAUCACCACUCUAGAUAAUAGAGUACUUAUGAUCAGCUCACCACCAGGAAAUGUUGUGAAACACAAUGACAUAAAAUGCAUUCAAAAUGAAGGCAUGCCUAUCUACAAAGAUCCGUGUGAGAGGGGGCAGCUCAUCAUCCAGUUCAUUGUGGAAUUUCCAGAAAAUGGUUGGAUCUCUAGAAGUAUGUUACCCGACUUGGAAGCUCUGCUGCCUCUUAGAGAAGAGCUCAUCAUUUCUGAUGAUGCAGAAGAGGUGGAUCUCUGUGAUACAGACCUCAGCUCCCAACAGCAUGUUCACAGGGGGGAGUCUUAUGAAGAGGAUGAAGGGCCUAGGGGUGGAGUGCAGUGCCAUACUCAGUGAUGGGGACCUUUGUGGCUCUGACACUAAGUGAAGUAUGAAUGCAUGAAACUGUUGUGUUUAUGCACCUUUUGUAUAACCCUGAUUGAGGGAUCUUGUCAGUAAAUACAAAAACCUGCACAUUUACCUGUUCAUCUUAUUGUCACAAAGACUGGAAUAAUGUUCUUUCUGUGAAGGUGAGUUUAUCACUGUAAGAAUACCUGUUAAGUAAAGAUUGGUGAGUUUUUGUAAUAGUUUGAAACUUGUAAUAUUUUGGCCAGUACUUGUUCUUUAUCUAUGUAACCUUGUUUAUUCCCUUGAACCACAAAAUUAGAUAAAACCUAUUGAAAUAUACCUGCUCAUG